AUGAAAAAGAAAAGCAGCGCAAGAAGUCCUCGCGGUUCUUACGAUAAAUGUUUCCAGCAGUGCAAAGAGACAUCUUCAGACGUGAGAGAGAAGAAACAUUAUAUAUGCAAAAAUUUACAAAACUCCCUUAUUGCUUACGCAAGAAGCACCAAGGCAAUGCUGAAGAACAUGUUAGAAGAACAACAAAGGUCGCUGGAUUUCCUUUCCAAUAAGGUGAGCGAACUAACCGAUAAGGUUCUUCUUCUGAACGCAGAAGUCUCAAAACAGAGAAUGGAUCCCUUUCCCCUCAGACCAGUUCAAACACACGGGUACGAUUGCACAGAUAUUAAGGAUACCUUUGGCCCUGUCUCAAAAACUCCAAGUGGAACGUAUAUAAUCCAGCCCAAGGGGACUCAUUUUCCAUUUGAGGUAUUUUGUGAUAUGGAUUACAGAGGCGGAGGCUGGACGGUUAUUCAAAGGAGAAUCGACGGCACCGUUAAUUUCCAAAGGCCCUGGCUUGAUUACGCAGAUGGAUUUGGAGACAUUUCCGGGGAAUUUUGGCUGGGUUUACGGAAGACGUUCUGCAUUUUAAAUCAGAAAAACACCAGCUUCAUGCUGAAUAUAGCCUUAGAAGCUGAAGACGGUUCGUUUGCUUAUGCUUCAUACAAUAACUUCUGGCUUGAAGAUGAAAAGACUUCUUUUAUAAUACAUGUUGGCCGAUAUUUUGGAACUGCGGGCGAUGCUAUACGCGGUCGCAAGAAAGAAGAAAACCAAAAUGCAAUGCCCUUCAGUACUUUUGACGUUGACAAUGAUGGCUGUUAUCCUUCAUGUGCCGCCGACAACAAAACCGUGAGCAGCUGCAGCAUCUCUAACAGCAGGAGCGGCUGGUGGUUUAACCGCUGUGGUUUGGCCAACCUGAAUGGCGUUCAUCGAGUCACAAGAGGCGUGGAGGUAUCGGGCAUCCGCUGGAAAACAUGGACAGAAAAUAACGCAACCGUUAGAAUUAAAUCAGUUUCAAUGAAGAUUAGGAGAAGUUAUCAUCCAUAUUAUAAAUGA